AAUUGUUAAAUUAAUUGUCGCAGAAUGGAAGCUGGUGAUUGUUAGAGGAAUCAUCAGUUCUCUACCAAUCGGUUGCUUUGUUUGCGUGUAAACCCGUGAUUUUUCUAUACCUUCGAAUGCAAUUAUUCUACAAUGACUCAUUUGAUCGAACAAAGUUAUGAUGAUAAAAAAAUAUCCCUUAACAACAGCACUAAGAUUGAGAUAAUCAGUUACGAAAAAGGAUCCAAGUCACUUCAAUUCCUCGCAGCUAUUGCUGCAAACAUAUGUGUGAUGGCUGGUUGCGCGAUGGUUGUCUGGUCAAAUCCAAUUCUUUUGAUGCUUGGAGAAGAUCCGGUAAAUAAAGAAAAUCCUCUGGGUCGGCCUAUCAGCGCAGAAGAAGAAUCUUGGAUCGGAUCACUGCCUUCGAUGGGCGCAAUGAUCGGAAGUCUUUUUCCAGGAUAUUUUGCUGAAAGGUGGGGAAGACGUUUAACUUUAUUGGCUAGUAUUGUACCGUCAAUCUUAAGUUGGAUCCUGAUCGGCACAGGGAGAAGUAUAGCAUUCUUGUAUGCGGGAAGAUUCAUUUCAGGCGUAGUCACUGCUAUCGCAUUUGCAGUAAUUCCGAUCUACUGUGGAGAAAUUGCGGAAGCAUCGAUUCGAGGGAUACUUGGAUCCUUAUUUCAAAUUUUCAUUACUCUGGGUUUAUUAUGGGUGUAUUGUAUUGGUCCGUACGUUUCUUAUACCCAUUACUGGAUCGCUUGUGCUGUUUUGCCGAUAGCUUUCUUUGUUCUCUUCUUACCUAUGCCAGAGUCCCCGCACUACUUGGCAGCAAAAGGUCGGACAGAGGACGUAAUCAAAGUGCUGGCAAGGCUGCGCGGGAAGAGUGAAGAUGCUGUUAGAUACGAAGCGAAUGAAAUUGAGGUGUAUGUCCAAAAAGUUGACAAGAAAGAAGCGACGAUAAGGGACUUGUUAAAAGUCAAGGCUAAUUUAAAAGCACUGAUUAUAACAUGCGCAUUGGUGGCUUUUCAACAGAUGAGUGGCAUUGGUGCAGUUCUUCUUUACUCAGAACUUAUAUUUGCAAGUGCUGGAGAUGCUGGUAUCAGCUCGGCACUUGAAACUAUUAUUGUAGGACUUGUUCUAUUAAUUGGUUCCUGUGUUAAUCCGCUCGUUGUUGAUCGACUGGGCCGUAGAAUACUACUGAUUAUCUCGGGUAUCGGAACUGGUUUAAGUCUCGGAGUUCUUGGACUCUUCUUUUAUCUGAAAGAUGCAGCGAAAAUAGAUGUCAGUGGUAUCGGUUGGUUACCAUUAACUUCGUUGAUCGUCUACAUGGGAACGUAUAGUCUUGGGUUGGGACCUCUUCCUUGGACAAUUACGGGGGAGAUUUUUUCUUCAGAAGUUAAAUCCAAAGCGACGGGAAUUACAGUUUUUAUUUCCUGUUUCUUAGCAGUUGUUAUUAACAAAUAUUUUAUGAAUAUUGCAACAGCAUUUGGUCAAUACACAGCCUUCUGGUGCUUUGGAGGAUUUUGUAUUUUUAGUGUUUUUUUUACUGUUUUCAUUUUACCAGAGACAAAAGGAAAAUCACUUCAAGAAAUUCAAAAUGAACUCGGGGGAAAGCUUGCAGAUAGUUAA